AUGCGGUUCAGGGCCCUGUCCCGGACUCCAGCCAUCGUCACCUUGGUGGUCUUGCUUGUGAGCAUUGUGGUGCUCGUGACGCUCACACUCAUCCAGAUCUGCCACCCUCAGGUCCUCCCCCCAGGGCUGAAGUAUGGGAUCGUGCUGGAUGCUGGCUCCUCCAGAACCACGGUGUAUGUGUAUCAGUGGCCAGCAGAGAAGGAGAAUAACACAGGAGUGGUCAGCCAAACCUUCAAAUGCAGUGUGAAAGGUUCUGGAAUCUCCGGCUAUGAGUAUAAUCCCCAAGAUGCCCCCAAGGCCUUUGAGGACUGCAUGUUAAAAGUCAAGGAACAGAUCCCUGAGUCCCUCCAUGGAUCCACCCGCAUUUACCUGGGAGCCACAGCUGGGAUGCGUUUGCUGAGGUUGCAGAACGAGACAGCAGCUCGUGAAGUCCUUGAGAGCAUCCAAAGCUACUUCAAGUCCCAGCCUUUUGAUUUUAGGGGUGCUCAGAUCAUUUCUGGACAAGAGGAAGGGGUGUAUGGAUGGAUUACAGCCAACUAUAUAAUGGGAAAUUUCCUGGAGAAAAACCUAUGGCACAUGUGGGUCCACCCGCACGGAGUAGACACCACAGGGGCCCUGGAUCUGGGCGGCGCCUCCACCCAGAUAUCCUUUGUGUCCGGAGAGAAGAUGGAGCCAAACGCCAGUGACACGGUGAAGGUGUCCUUGUACGGCUACACGUACACGCUCUACACACACAGUUUUCAGUGUUACGGCCGCAACGAGGCAGAGAAGAAGUUCCUGGCCAUGCUCGUGCAGGGCUCUCCCACUGGAAACAUCAGCAACCCCUGCUACCCUCGGGCUUACAGCUCCGUCUUCAGCUUGGGCCACGUGUUCGGCAGCCUGUGCACAGAGAAGCACAGGCCAGACAGCUACAACCCUGAUGAUGUUGUCACCUUCACGGGAACUGGGGACCCAUGGCUGUGCAGGGAGAAGGUGGCUUCUGUAUUUGACUUCAAAGCUUGCCAGGAGCAAGACGCUUGCUCCUUCGAUGGCGUUUACCAGCCCAAGGUUCAAGGGCCGUUUGUGGCGUUUGCUGGGUUCUACUACACAGCCAGUGCACUAAACCUCUCCGGAACCUUCUCCCUCGCCUCCUUCAACACCAGCAGCUGGGACUUCUGCAGACACACCUGGACAGAGCUCCCGUCCCUGCUUCCCAGGUUUGAUGAGGUGUAUGCCCGCUCCUACUGUUUCUCGGCUCACUACGUCUAUCACCUGCUGGUGAACGGGUACAAGUUCACGGAGGAGACUUGGCCUCAGAUACGAUUUGAGAAAGAAGUGGGGAACAGCAGCAUCUCCUGGUCCCUAGGCUACAUGCUCAGUUUGACCAACCAGAUCCCAGCUGGAAGUAGCCUGAUCCGUCUGCCCAUACAGCCACCGGUUUUUAUGGGAGUCCUGGCCUUGUUCACGGCCAUCGCCUUGCUGUGCCUGGCAUUCCUUUUGUAUCUGUGUUCGGCAUUCAGGACAAAGGCACACUCUGAGAAUGCCUUCGACCAAGCAGUAGAUUCUGAUUGAGUCUUCAAGGGACAACUGGAGC